AUGUCGUCAGAUCUCAACUCCAAGAAGUCAUGGAAUCCAAAAUCUCUCAGAAAUCAGGGUAAAGUCUGGGCUCGCGAGAAGGAGGCACUGGAUGAGUUCAAGAAGAUCCAGCAGCGACAAGAAGAGAUCAACAAGACAAAGGAGUUUGCAGACUCGGGAUUUGCUCCCAAGAGCAAGACGUCAUGGAUCUAUGACUCUGGCUCUCGCACAGUUGAAACUGGAGGUGAUGAUGAUUAUUUACUUGGCAAAAGAAGGUUGGAUGCUAAGGUGCUACAGAAGACGAUACCGUCAUCCGUUACCAAGGUGAACAAGCCGGAAACUUCCGAAACGUCUCAAGAUCCCAGGGAAAUCUUGGACAAGAACGAUCCAAUGUACAAAUUCAAGCUGGAGCAAUUGCGGAGAAAAGAGCUUUUAGAAUUAAAGGAGAAAAUCAGUUCAAGUAAUAAGCCCAAGCGUUCACAUUCGGGGUCUAAGCAUGGGCACAGAGAAGGCCACAAAGAAGGUCAUAAAGAAAGACAGAAAGAAGGACAAAAAUCAAGGAAUGAUCACAACCACAGUCACAGGCAUAGAGACAAAAUUCACAAAUAG